AUGAUUCCAGAGUUUGGAAGGCGACGCGUCAUCAAGGGCCUCUACAUCUGCUUCCACGAGGACACCGUGGCGACGGGCGCGGGCGGCAGGGCUGGUUCCGAUUACCACGGCAACCACAAGAAAGGAGGCGCGGCCCUGGGCGACGUGACGGACUGCGAGCGCUCCCCGUCUCCCCCCGGAUCAGAACCAGAGGAGGCCGGCCCCGGGGGAGGAGGGGGGGUCAUCGUGCUCCAGGGUUGCCCCAGCAACGGGGAGGAGAGGGGUAGGAGUCCCGGAGGGGAGGCAGAGCUGGGGGAGGGGCUAGCCCCGCUCCACCCCCUCCACCCUCACCGGACCAAUCAGGAGACGGUCAGCCCCACGGGGGCGGAGCUGGGCUCGGCCCCGCCCCCGUCCCCCAAGCUCCAGGACUUUAAGUGCAACGUCUGCGGUUACGGCUACUACGGCAACGACCCCGCCGACCUCAUCAAGCACUUCCGGAAGUACCACCUGGGUCUCCACAACCGCACGCGUCAGGACGCCACGCUGGACUCUCGGAUCCUGGCCAUGCACAACAUGGCCGCCCUCUCGCCCCCCCCCUCCCUGCUGGGGGUCUGGGGAGACCGCCCCCCCACCGCCCCCCCCACCGCCACCCAGCCCGACAACGGGGCCUCGCGGCCGGCGCUGCUCAAUGGGACGUAUGAUGUGCAGGUGAUGCUGGGAGGAACUCUGAUAGGCAUCGGUCGUAAGACUCCAGACUGCCAAGGAAACACCAAGUACUUCCGCUGCAAGUUCUGCAACUUCACCUACAUGGCCAGCUCCCCCCACGACCUGGAGCAGCACUUCCUGUCCUCGCACCCCAACAAGAUGAAGACCAUGCCCCCUCCAGCCUCAAGCCACGCCCCCGGCGACAAGCCCUCCAAUGAGAGCCGGAAAGGGAACUGCGUCCUGCGAGGAGGCGUGGCCUCCGAAGGGCCGGAGUCUGGGAAGUUGGCCGCUCGUGUGGCGGUGAGGGCGGACGACGAUUCGCUGGCCGGGUAUUCCGUCCCCAUCCGCUCCUCCUCCGCCGCAGAUUCGCCGGGCUGGGAGGGCGGGGCAGAGCCCGGAGCGACGGCGGCGUAUUACUGGUGUAAAUACUGCAGCUUCAGCUGCGAGGCGGGCGGACCCCAGCGCCUGCUGGAGCACCACGAGCAGAGACACUCCCAGACGAGCGGGGGCGCCGCGGGGGCGGAGGGAGCAGACCAGCGAGACCCGAGAAGCAGAGAGACGGAGCGAGACCCGGACAGGGACCCGCCGGGCUCCAACACGGGACGCAGGAAAGACAAGGGAGGAGGGGGGGGAGGAGGAGAGACGGCCGAGACGGUCGUCACCAGCUACAACUGCCAGUUCUGCGACUUCCGCUACUCCAUGACCCACCGGUCCGAGGUGAUUGUGGUGGCGCCGCUGCUACGCCACUACCAGAAGGCCCACGCCAUCCACCGGUGCACCAUCAAGCACUGCCCCUUCUGCCCCCGGGGCCUCUGCUCCCCCGACAGCCACCUGGGGGAGAUCUCCUACCCCUUCGCCUGCCGCAAGCUCUCCUGCCCCCCCUGCUCCCUCCUCCUGCCCCCCGGGGCCCCCCCGGCGCCCCCCUCCCCUCCCAGUGCCGUCAGGCACCUGUGCGACCUUUGCCCCUUCGUGACGUCCGACAUCGACCUCCUCCUGGUGCACUACGACGCCAGCCACGCCCAGGUCCCGGGCGGCGCCCUGGACGUCAAACCCGAGGCGGGGGAGGCGAGGGGGGAGAACUCCUGCACCAAGUGCCACUUCAUCACGGAUGUGGAGGAGGAGAUCUUCAGACACUACAGGCGUGUCCACGGGUGUUAUCGCUGUCGCCGUUGCACCUUCACCGCCCCGGAUAGCGCCGCCCUGCUGGAGCACUUCAACUCCGCCCACUGCCGAGACUCCGCCCCCAGCCCCGCCUCCCUGGCGGCCCCCACCAACGGCUGCUCGGCGCCCUCCACGCUGAGCAUCAAGGAGGAGAGCAAGGGCGACCUGCGCCUCUGCAGCCCGCUGCCGCCCGAGAGGGCGGCGGAGGGGGGGGGAGGGGAGGGCCUAGGCGCGGUGAAGAGCGAGACCCUGGACGAGAAGGAGGCUCUGAGAGGCGGCGGCUGGCUGCUUGAGGCCAGGGGGGGAGGAGGAGCGAGGGGGGAGAAGGGGGGAGAAGGCGACCAGGUGCACAGCCUCCUGUGGCUGCCCAAGUUGGGAGCAGGGCUGGGGGUGGGGAGGGGGUCCGGGUCGGGGGAGGGGCUCCGAGGAAGCCCCACCCUCUUCCCCCAGGGUGCACUUGGCCUGCUCAACGCCGUGGCGGCCAAUACGGAGCCAGCGCAGCAGAGGAAGGGCGUGGCCAGUGUGUCGGGGGCGGGACUUGUGUUCGGGCUGGCAUGUGAUUCCAAGGCGUUCCUCCAGGGGGCGCCAGAGAAGACGAGCCAGCAGAACCAGACCUAUUCUGCAGAGAGCAAGACCACCAAGGAGGAGUCCCAGUCACUGCUACGGCGUCGGAGGGGUUCCGGAGUGUUCUGCGCCAACUGUCUGACCACCAAGACGUCCCUGUGGAGGAAAAACGCCAGCGGGGGUUACGUCUGCAACGCCUGCGGACUCUACCAGAAGCUGCACUCGACCCCCAGACCUCUCAACAUCAUCAAGCAGAACAAUGGGGAGCAGAUCAUCCGCCGUCGGACCAGGAAGCGCCUCAACCCUGACCCCGCGACCUCCGACCCUGCCGCGUCCAAGCAACAGCGCGUGAGCGGCGAGGAGCGCAUCAACGGGAGUCCCCUGGACCGCCGCCCCGCCUCCGACGAGCCCAGCUCCGAUGGCUCCGCUCCCCCCUCCCACCACGCCACCAAAUACGAGGGUUACACCCCUUCGCCGGGGUCAGGGGUCAGAGGUCAGGCCAGCCCUCGCUCCACCCACGCCUUCCUGGUCAGCCAGACCCUGGAGAUCCACAAACACAUGCCCCCACUGCACCUGGCCCGGGCCUCCGCCCACGACAGCCCCGGGGAGGGCAACGGCCUGGGGGUUCAGGGGGGUCUGCCUGGGGGGGUCCCAGAGCAGAAGGGGGCUGGGUCGGAGAGGGGCAGCCCCAUAGAGAAGUACAUGCGGCCCGCCCUGCAAUCCAGCUGUUCGCCCCCCGGAUCCCCCAUAGAGAAGUACCAGUUCCCCCUCUACAGCCUGCUGCCCCCGGCCCUGCACGCCGACACCGACUGGCUCAGCUUCUGGACCAAGUACAAGAUGGCCGCCGCCGCCGCCCCUCCCUCCUCUUCCUCCCCUGCCGGACAUCACUUCCUGUCCCUGCCCACCAUGCCCGGGUCCUGCCAAAGCUACGUGCCUUACCCCUCCUUCACCCCCACCCUCACCCCUCCACACUUCCCUCCCCCACCGCCCCUCCCUCCCCCCUCCUCCUCCUCGUCCUCGUCCCCCCAGGAGAACCCCCUGGACCUCGCCAUCAGGCACACCAAAGCCCCGCCCCCCGCUGUCUCUGCCCCGGAGACGGGGGAAAAGCCGGCGGCUUCUCCCGCCGCCACGGAGCCGGCGGACGGGGAGGAGGAGAGGGGCGGACGGGGAGGCAGGAGGGAGACGUGCGAGCGAGGCACCCAGGACGAAGCAGCCUGGCGCUGCCUUCACUGCGCCAUCCUCUUCCUCGACGAGGUCAUGCACGCCUUGCACAUGAGUUGCCACGGCGACGGCGCCGCGUACCAGUGCAGCAUCUGUCUGCACGUGUGCGUGGAUAAGUACGACUUCACCUCCCAUAUCCAGAGAGGCCUGCAUCGCCCCGCCCCCCAGCCCAUCCCCGCCCCUGACAUCAGCCCCGCCCUCAGCCCUAGCCCCGCCCCACAUACGAGCCCCGCCCCUAACACUAACCCCGUCCCCAACACUAGCCACACCCCCAACACUAGUCCAGCCUCUCCGAUUGGCCCCGCCCCACCCUCCAGCGCCUCUCCUCCUGUCCCUCCCUCCCCUGCUGCUAUGGGGUCAGCGGUCGACCAAGUGCUCGACCAGCACCCCCCCGAUGACAUUGCCCACGAGGUCACAGGUCAAGUAGCUGAUGAUGUCACAGACGAUGCCCUCCUGGACUGAGAGAAGGGGGCUUGGCAAUGGGGGGGGGGGGGGGCUACACAGACUGGUGUCGACCGUCCAUCGCCACGACAACUAAAAACGGACUAAACAAACUAAAGAGCCCUCCUUUCCUCUCACUGCUCCAGUGGGCUAUACUGAGCUCUACUGAGAUCUAUUGGGCUCUACUGGCCUCUGCUGACCUCUAGUGAACUCUAGUGGCCUCUAGUGGCCUCUACUGAGCUCUACUGAGCUCUACUGGGCUCUACUGGCCUCUAUGGGGCACUACUGGCCUCAACUGGGCAAUACCGGGCUCUAGUGGGCUCUUGUGGAAUGCAAUGAGGUAACGGGGGUGGUUUGGGGAAGGAAUGCCCGCCAUCAGAACUAGUGCCUGAGCAAGUGGGAGCAUUGUGUGCUAAAAUGUGUUAGCAUUGGGAGCUAAUACGCCUCAGCAUCAUCAGCUAACAAGAGUUAGCAUCCGGAGCUAAUACGCGUUGCCAUCAGGAGCUAACACACGUUAGUAGUAGGAGCUGAUGCACUUUAGCAUCUUGAGCUAACAUGCGUUAGCAUCUUGAGCUAACAGUGAGAGACUGCUGCUCUACAGAACUGAGAGGCCCCUAAGGACCAUGGUACCUGUCUGGUAGCAAAUAGGAAACGAUACUUAUUUACUUUUAUUUACUCAUUUGUUUUUGUUUAUUCUGAAGUGUUACCUAGUUCCAGGCAGUCUAGUAGACUCGGUACAUCAGCAUUAAUAUGUCUUGUUCACUUGUCUUGUCCAGAGGAAACAUUUUUCAUAAUGCUCAUUCACUCUCACCUGAUUGGACAUUGAACUGACUCUCAAACAGACGUGCCUGUCUGGGAUUGGACGGUUGGGGAAUCACUGUUCACCGAUGUUGCCGUCUGAUUGGUGGUUUCACCACAGGUGGGUGGAGAAAAGUGCUACGAUUGGACCGUCCUCAAAUCAGCGUCCUCAGGGAACACGUCUGUCUUUGCUUAGCAUGUCACCAUGUCCUGUGUCCUAACACGCGUGUGCUUAGCGUGUUCUAGAUUGCAUGUUCUAUGUUCUAGGGAGAACUGUGGACACAAACUGCCUUGGUUGCUAAGAUACAAACCUGACAUCACUAAACAACCUUCCGGAAGGAUUUAAUAGAAGAAGGGGGGAAAAAAAGAUAUUUUUUCUAAAGCCGUUCAAAAUGACAAUUAAUAAUAAUAUGAGUGCCUGAUAUAAACAGUAUAUUGUACAGUGUUUUCUACCUGCUAUGUUCUGUAUGCAACGCUGCCAUGGCAGAUGACAGAGAGGAGGACAAUGUUUACAUUUGCAAAUGUAGCAAAAACACAUGAAGCAAAGAGUGUCUCCUGUGGGUGUCUCUCUCUCCCUCUCUCUCUCCGUCUCUCCUGCAGGUAUCUAUCUGUAAACCUACAAGUUCAUCUUGGCUGUGUCCUGUGCAGUCAUCCUGAUGUGGACUUAUAGAUGAGAGAGUGAGGGUGAGAGAGGUGGAGAGAGAAAAGGGAGAAGGAGAGGGAGAUAGAGAGAGAGAGCGCAGCUCCUGCUCUUCACCAGAGAGCUCAGCAGGAGUCUCCUAACACCUUUAAUACUUCAUUAUACCCAGAGUUCAUUUGAUGAAAUGUUAUUGCUUGCACUUCAGUUAUUCCGUUUGUCUUGCCAAGGAAGAGUGUCUGUGUGUGUGGAGAAAAAGAGUGUGUGAAGGGAGAGAGAGAGAGAAAGAAAGAGUGUGUGUGUGUAUUUAGCAUGUAAGGUACUUUGUCCCAAGUGUGCUCAUAUCUCUGUAUCAAAGCAUCAAAGGACACACUAAGCUGUGUGUGUAUGUGUGUGUGUGUGAGAGUGUGCUUGUGUGUAAAUGUGUGUGUGCAUAAUGUGUACAUGUGUGUGUGGGUGUGUGUAUAUGUGGGUGCCUUAGCAGAAAGCCAGUCCACCAGUGUAAGAACACACACAGAUAUGGCAUAUGAAGACUAUGUAAAUGUUUUUAACCAUAUUGUUUAAGUCUUGUUUCUGUUUUAAACGUAGAGGAGGUUUAGGUUAACUGGUUCUUCCAACUUUUCUCUUAUUAUUGUGUUUUAGGUUUUACAUGCAAAAAAUUCAACAAAGAUGGCAACGAUGUCUGUUAAACAUCUAAACUUGAAUAAUGACAAUGAUAAUAAUAAUGAUAAUAAUAAUAAUAAUUAAUAAAGA